GACACAAAUAGCUGGUAUACCAGAUGUACCUCGUUUCUCACAGCCUCCGGCGUGCAACACAGACGUCGGGAGGGAGUUCACGAGACACCAUCAGCUCGCGUGUCUCGUUAACUCCCGGAGUGCUUCCAAGCUUAAUUUAUUUUAGGGAGAGUGACAGUUAUAAUUAUGUUGUCAAGCCUUUGUCAUUCUCACGGAGCGACAACGUGGAAACCCAGACGGAAAGCCCCGCCCUGGCUUUGCCACGGGGCCGGGCUGGACCCGAGCCUGCCUUUCCCAGAGCAGGUGAGCUCCGACUGCGUCUCCGGAGCCUGUCUUGUCGCCAUGGCGCCCCGUCGCUGCCUGGGUUAGCACCAGCUCAGGCCGAGGCCUCUGGGGAGAACCGGCUCCCGGCCGCCGCCUCUCCUUGCACGGAGGCCAAAAAGCACUGCUGGUAUUUCGAAGGACUCUACCCGACAUAUUACAUAUGCCGCCCCUACGAGGACUGCUGCGGGUCCCGGUGCUGCGUGCGGGCGCUCUCCAUCCAGCGGCUGUGGUACUUCUGGUUCCUCCUCAUGAUGGGCGUCCUCUUCUGCUGCGGAGCCGGCUUCUUCAUCCGGAGGCGCAUGUACCCGCCGCCGCUGAUCGAGGAGCCCGCCUUCAACGUGUCCUACUCCAGGCAGCCCCCGAACCCGGCGCCAGGUGCCCAGCCGCCCGAUGGCAUCCCCCGAGGCGGCCUCCCUGUCUGAGCUGGGCUCACCUGUGCCAGGUGGUCCCCUCCCUGAUCAAAUGUUCCCCGGCCGGUGGGAAUGGCGGCCGUACUUCUGACUUG